GUGUGUCAGGAGUGUGACUGGGCGUGAGUGUCACAUGCGCUGCAGACAGGCGGUAGUUAAACACCUCGGCUUCCCCCAGAGAAACGCACACAAAUCGGCUGCAGAUCACCUCUGGAGCUACAGGGGACGGACGGCAAUGGCAAGCGGUGACAGCCAGGCAACUUUUGAGUCAUGGCUCAACCAGGCCACAGACUCAAACAAUCAGGGGGACAGAUGGGACUGCAUCCAAGGCUUCUACCAGCUCGUCAACCAAGAGACAGAUGGUCCACAGGUAGCUGUUCGUCUUCUUGCCCAUAAAAUCCAGUCACCACAGGAGAAAGAGGCUCUGCAAGCUCUCACUGUUCUCGAGGCAUGUAUGAACAACUGUGGAAAAAGGUUUCAUAAGGAGGCCGCAAAGUUUCGCUUUCUCAAUGAGCUCAUCAAACUCUUAACACCAAAGUACUUUGGCGCGUGGACCCCACAGAAAGUUAAAGACAGGGUGACGGAGGUCCUCUACGGCUGGACUCUUUGGCUGAAAGAUGAGCCCAAGAUUCAGGAAGCCUACAGCAUGCUCAAGAAACAAGGGAUUGUGAAGAAGGAUCCCAAACUACCAAACACACUUAUAAUGGCGCCUCCAACACAAAGGACCACAGACUCUGUUUUUGACCAGGAGGAUAAGGCCAAGCUUUUAGCCAGAUUAUUGAAAAGCGCUCAUCCUGAAGACCUGGAAACUGCCAACAGACUCAUUAAAAGCACCAUCAAAGAGGAGCAAGAAAAGGCAGAAAAAUUGUCAAGGCGUGAAUCUACUCUGAAGGAGGUUGAAAGCAGCACCAAACAGCUCAGAGAGCUGCUGGACCAGCACACUAUCACUGGGACCUCGUUACAGCCGAGUGAUGACGUGAAGGCCGUGUUCGAGCGCUGUGAUCGGCUUAGGCCCAGCUUGUUCCGCCUGGCCAGUGACACGAUGGAGGACGAUGCGGCCCUGGCACAGAUCCUGGCGGCUAACGAUGAGCUAACAUUUGUCGUAAACACCUACAAAGAGCAAGUUGGGAAGAGAGAGUGUAACGGUGGAAGAGAGAGAAGUAGGAGUGAGGAAGAAAUGGAUGGUAAAAACAAAGCUCCAAAGAGUCCCACAGAGAUUAAAAGCUACCACCUCAUCGACCUGUCAGCACUGGACUCUCCACAGACACACAGAAAAGCUGAUUCACCACCUUCCUUUGAAUCCUCUCUUCUGGAAAGUACCUUCCACUCGGUGGCUGAACAGGACUUAAAUGAAUUGGACUUGGAUAAUCCCGUCUCAAAACCAACUGAAGAGACGUCAAGGUCAUAUUUUGAAGAUCUACUGCAGCUUCACGGAGAAGUUCAGAUGAAGAACGCUGAGCAGAAUGGAGGGAGCGGUCUUGUGUUGAGAGCCCGUGGAUGUGGGGGUAGCAGUACUACAUCUAAUGGGACUAAUAUUUGGUCACUCCCUCAUGAUGGACAGUUUACAGAGUCGGGAUUGUUGUCUGAAACACAGAAACAACACAAUGAAGUGUUGGGAUCUCCAGUUAAAUUAGAGGAGAGCUCAUGUCCCCCACUACUACUGAAAAACAUCUUUGUUCCAGUGGAGACCAUCAAAUCCAGUAAUCUUGAACCGAUCACUUUAUACGAUCAGUGCGGCGUCCACGUCUCCCUCCAUUUUGCCAAAGACUCCCCGCAGGGUCAUCCAGAUGUCGCUGUGGUCGUCAUCUCUACAGUAAACACAUCUGCUCUCGGCAUUAGCGACUUCCUCUUUCAAGCUGCUGUUCCAAAGACCAUGUUAGUGAAACUUCAGCCAUCCUCGGGGACACACCUACCUCCUUACAACCCUCUCCUGCCUCCGCCUGCCAUCUCCCAGGUUGUCCUAUUGGCUAACCCUCAGAAACGGAAGCUGCGUCUACGUUUCAAGUUGACAAUGAAACACGGAGACCGACAGCUGAACAAGACUGGAGAAAUUGACAACUUUCCUGACUGGACAUCUUUGAUCGGCCACUGAAAAAAAACCUUCAGAGACUCGGAUUUAGAAAAGAAAAAGAAACUCAACCUAAUGUCUAGAUUCUGAAAGCAGGGAAGACAAAGUCAUCAAAAAGGUGGACAACGAGGUAAUCAAACAAACACAACAAAUACCAAGUCUGCAUUUUCAUCAAUAUUUUGUGUUUCAAAUAUUGUAGCAACCGUGAAUCAAUAAUGAUGACAUCUUAGAAAUAUUUAUGUUGCUCUGAAAGAGCUGGGUAAAACUAUUAGACAAAUAAAAAUGUUACUAGUUCAGGUGGGUUUGGGUACAUCCCUGAUUGUACCUGGAUCAGGUAUUCACUUUUCUGCUGUCUGUUUCUGCGACUGCUGCCUGCCGUCAAAGCCAGUUUGACAAUACAGUUUGUUCACUGUGUAUGCUGACAUGUAGCUGGUUACAACAUGUCAGCAUAUGAAAAUUGCUAUUUAUUUGCUGUUGUGUAUUUGUAACAUUGAAUAUUCCCAAAGUGCCUUAGGACAUGGUGUUUUUUAAGAGUUAGGUUGUCUUAAAGAAUGAAUGUGUGGAAAAUCUUCAAAGAUUUGCAUUUGUGGAUAAUUUGCUGUGCUCCCUUUUUUGAAAAUCUUUAUGUUGCCAUUACUCUGACGUCACAUUUUACACAACUUGAAGAUUACUGUAACAACUUACUUCAUAACACACAAUAAAAUUAAAAGAUUUAUCGAAAAAUGAAGGACAAAUCUUCACCACAAUGAGGAAACAAGGGCAGCAUUUAGAAAAAAAAAAGAAAAACAAAUUACAGUGGAAACAGAAAACAUGUAUUGGGAGGAAGUGGGGGCUUUUAUUGUGAAAUAAAAAAACAGGAAGUUUUGUUGCACAUGAAGCAUGUAGUGAACAAAGUGCCUACUUUAUCACCAAUAAAGUAGAUGCUGAAAAAGUUUAAUAGGUUUUUCCAAUUGCCAACAACCUCCUCCUCCCAGUACAUGAGGUCAUGUGAACACUCAUACAAGUUAUUUGGCCAACCUAAAUUCAUGCAGCCAGCGUAAAAUUUUAUUUUAAUGUUAACAUAUUAAUUUGCUUGUUAUAUUUCUGUUUUGCACGUUUUUUUUCUAUAUCUGUAGUCUUUAUGUUAGCCGUGAAGACCAGUUCUUAAUCUACUUGUUUUCCUGCGCUCUGAGCCGCUGCAGUGCUGAGAAUCGUUAAAUCUUUUAUGUUUUAUAUUAGCAUGCCCCAAUCAGCGGUUUUAUAUUUUUAAAGCUUUAUCAUUUGAGCCCAGAGCAACAAAUUCAGGUCAACAUAGCCUGCUUAUUCAUCUGUUACUGUCAGAUUUUACAAGAUCAAAACAGGCUGCUAACAAAGUUUGUCAGAGAAUUUUUGGACACCUUAAAGCCAGUGUGAACGUUUUUUUGAAUGCUCAUCUGCCUACCUUCCAAGCCUGUUCCUCUGCCGCAUGUCAUCAAUAAAUACAAAUACAGUGUGAAACAGUGUA